AUGGAUAACGAAGUUAUACUAAUAGAUUCAGAUGAUGAUAGUUCAGGGAUACCACCAGGAUCCAAUACAAACACCCAGCAUUCAAACCCCACCAACACUACCCACGAUAAUGAUAAUGAUAACUUGAGACAGAUAAACUCGAACAACAGAAGGCGAAGAGAUAGUGAAGGAGAUGAAAGAAGAGUACGAUAUCGACCAAAUGAGGUUGAAGAAGACGACGAUCUCCAGAUAUUGGAAGAAAGAAAUGUUGGCACCACCUCUAGUCCCUUGAUAGUGGAGGAUCAUGGACCUGUAAAUGAAACUGGUAAUGAAGAUGAUGGAUUACGAAUCGUGGGAUCAAUCAAUAGAUCAGUCAAUAGAUCAAAUCCUAACCCCAGAACAGGGCGAAGACAUCAAAUUCCCCAACCAAAUCGUAGAACUAGACAACAUGUUAUGGCACAAUUUGAAAAUCGUAAUUUAAAUCCCAUUAGUAGAAUGCUUAGUUUGUUCCGUCAAGGACAAGCAGCCCGUGAAAGAAGAGGUCACACCAUAAUAGAUUUGAAUCGAAUAUUCUCCAAUGAAGAUAUAGGGACGUCGUCUGAUGACCCCGAUUAUGAUGAAGCUACAGGAUAUUUCCCACCAUCAGAAGGAUCAAUAUUUGAAGUUUUCGGAUUUAACAAUCCUUUUGAAUUCACUAAUCAAGAAGAUUUCACUACGGAACGUAUUAUGGAAAGGAUAGAUCGUGAUAAUGAACAAAUAAUCGAUAGAAAGUUGCGAGACGAGAAUCAAUAUAAUCGAUCUAUAGUGAAAGAAAAAAGGGAAGGUAUCAAACGAGAAGUUCAAGGGUAUAAAUCAGCUAUAAGUCAUGAUGAUAAUAUUGGAUGUGAACUAUGUGGAAUAACAUUAGGUGAAGGAAUCCCUGAAGAUUUCAAACCUGACAUAAAGUAUGGUAAAAAAUUACUGAUUCAUAGUGCUGAAAAUAAUUGUUUGGCUCCAUGGUUUUGUUUCAAACAAUUAACUGAUACUGACAAAGAUUUAAGUAAAAGAGUAUUCAUAGCUAAAUGUGGACAUUUAUAUUGUGGACGAUGUAUCAAGAAUAUUGGUAAUCGACCAAGGAUUAAAAGAGGUCAACCUCUUGAUAUCGAUAAUCCUAAUGUUUAUGCACCAAAUCAUUGUAUUGCUACAGAAUGUAAUACUAGAUUUCGAGGUAAAAACGUAUUCACAGAAUUGUAUUUUUAG